CGCGGAAGCUGUGAUCUCAUCGCUGAACCACCAUCUUUGAAACUCAACAACAAUGGAGAAGACUCAAGAAAAAGUCCAAAGAAUUCUUCUAGAACCCCACAAGUACUUGCUUCUGUUACCAGGUAAGCAAGUGAGAACCAAACUUUCACAGGCAUUUAAUCAUUGGCUAAAAAUUCCAGACGACAAGCUUCAGAUUAUCAUUGAAGUGACAGAAAUGUUGCAUAAUGUCAGUUUGCUCAUUGAUGAUAUCGAAGACAACUCGAAACUCCGACGUGGCUUUCCCGUGGCACACAGCAUCUAUGGGAUUCCGUCUGUCAUCAAUUCUGCCAAAUAUGUAUAUUUUCUUGGCCUAGAGAAAGUCUUAGCUCUUGAUCACCUAAAUGCAGUUAAGCUUUUUACGCACCAGCUCUUGGAACUCCAUCAGGGACAAGGCCUAGAUAUUCAUUGGAGGGAUAGCUACACUUGUCCCACUGAAGAAGAAUAUAAAGCUAUGGUGCAGCAAAAGACAGGUGGACUGUUUGGAUUAGCAGUAGGUCUCAUGCAGUUGUUCUUUGAUUACAAAGAAGAUUUAAAGUCACUACUUGAUACACUUGGGCUCUUUUUCCAAAUUAGAGAUGAUUAUGCUAAUCUACACUCGGAAGAAUAUAGUGAAAACAAAAGCUUCUGUGAAGAUCUCACAGAGGGAAAGUUCUCAUUCCCUACUAUUCAUGCUAUUUGGUUGAAGCCUGAAAGCACCCAGGUGAGGAAUAUCUUGCGCCAGAGAACCGAAAACAUAGAUAUUAAAAAAUACUGUGUACAUUAUCUUGAGAGUGUCGGUUCUUUUGAAUAUACUUGGAAUACUCUUAGAGAGCUUGAAUCAAAAGCCUACAAAUUGUUGCACUUGAUUGGAACCCUGAACUAG